AUGCGGGCGGAAUUGGUGCAGGCGCGGGCUGCAUCAGCUGGGGGUUGUCAAGAGAGCGGCGACAUGGUUGGUAACGUGCCAGAAGCGGCGCGCGCCCGGGCAGAGGCGGCACAACUCGCCCGAGAGAACGCCGCGCUCAGAGAAACUGCACUCGCUCUACAUUCCGAAUUAUUUGGUGCUAGACUGGCAACAAAAUACUUAGAUAAAGAGCUCGCUGGUCGUAUUCAGCAGUUACAAUUACUUGGGAGCGAGAUGCGGGCAGAAUUACGCGAUUCACUUUGGGCGCAGGUAGAAGCGGAGAUUCUUCUACAGCGUCACAAGACAUUGGUUCGAGUCUGUCGUGGCACUUCUCCCCGACCAGCGCGGCCCGCUUCGCCACAGCGGGCCCGCCCCCGCACGGUGCGUGUACGCCGCUCGCCACACCUUGGUCUCGGAAUAUCCGUUACGGGUGGAAGAGAGCAUGGCGUACCUAUAUUGAUAUCAGAACUGGAAGCGGGUGGACCGGCUGCCCUCACCGGACAACUCUACGUCGGCGAUGCGAUACUUGCUAUUAAUGAUGUUGAUCUCACACAAGCGUGUCAUAAAGAAGCAGUGCAAGCAUUGCAGAGCGUAAAAGGAGACUGUGCGUUGUGCGUGCAGUAUAUAGCGACUGAUGAUGACGAUAGGCUAUCUGAAGACAAUUACAGGUUUCCAUUGUAUCCAGAAGAUGGCGAAGAAUUUUGCGACGAAAGGGACGGAUCCGGAGUGACUCCCACAGCUCCUAGAACUCCUGAUUACAAUCAUAGGUGUGAUUCAGAGGAACGCUCAUGUAGCGAAAGCGAAUCUCGCUUCGACGUGUACCCGCCGCGUUCGACGCACCCGUCUCACCCCCCACUGCCCGCGCCCGCACCCGCCACGUACCCGGAUUACAAUAACAUCAACAAUAACCUCAAUAUACUAGAUAUGGAUGACGAUUCUAUUAAGAUUGAAGCUAGAUUAGAGAUGGUGAAGUUAGAAGGAGCGGACGCGGCGGUAGCCAAUAUCCCACCUUCCCCGUGUAAAAUCUCCGCUUCGCCACGAUCUACUCCUGUCCAUGUGGCUAGAACAAAUCUCAAGAAACGCAAGGCAUUGGAUUGGCGAACGAAAGGUGCCUACAGUGCAGUUUCAAUCGACGGCGUCUCAUCGGACGAGCCCGGCGAAGCGGCAAAAGUCUCGACGGAAGCGGAAGUGACUCGCGUCAGAGACUGGCGCACCCGCGGCACUUACGCUGCGCUUAAUCAUAUCCACUCCUCGGAUGAUGACACGCUCGAUAACUCGCCCAGAUCUAAUGACAAUUGCAACAAUACAACAGCGCCACUUGCUCAAGAAGCGAUCGUAGCUUUGUCGGCUUCACAGUCGACCCCCGCUGUAACCAGUAAUCCUCCCAUCACUGCGGGUAACGUGUCAAUGCCCUCAGACGCUCUACCUGCUGUCACGCUGACUGCCACUGUCACGCCAGCUGCCGUCACUACGAAUAACGCGACUCCAAAUCUAACGUCAAUCUCAACAACAGCAGUUCCAACUCCACGUCCGGUGCCGAUACAAAAUGAAAUUAAGACUAGUAGAGUUAACGGCGAGACGAAGCCGAAGAAGGAAGUUAAGAAUUUUAGGAUAGGGUCAGCGCGGCGCGUCGAAGCUCACGGGCUGUUGCUCAACGGCGACGGAGACCCCGACUUCGGGACACCCGUCUGA